AUGGGUGUUCCCAAGUUCUUCCGCUGGCUCAGCGAGCGGUAUCCUUCGAUCUCGCAGUUGAUCGCUGAGAAUCGCAUUCCCGAGUUCGACUGUCUGUACCUCGAUAUGAACGGAAUUAUUCAUAACUGCACACACAAAGAUUCAGAUUCGCCCACUUUCCGUAUGACCGAAGACCAGAUGUUUAUUGCGAUUUUCAACUACAUUGAACAUUUAUACGGGAAAAUCAAACCCAAGCAACUAUUUUUCAUGGCUGUUGAUGGAGUUGCUCCGCGCGCGAAGAUGAACCAACAGAGAUCUCGACGAUUUCGUACUGCUCUCGAUGCUGAAACGGCGAAGGAAAAGGCCAUUGCUCAGGGCAUUGAAUUACCAAAAGAGGAUGCCUUUGACAGCAACUGUAUCACCCCGGGCACUCAAUUUAUGGCUCGAUUGACACAGCAAUUAAAAUACUUUAUCAACAAGAAAAUCUCCGAAGACGUGGAAUGGCAAGGUGUAGAUAUCGUUCUUUCCGGUCAUGAAGUUCCCGGAGAGGGAGAACACAAAAUCAUGGAGCAGAUUCGCCAGGCCAAAGCUCAGCCAGGCUACGAUCCGAACGUGCGCCAUUGUUUGUACGGAUUGGAUGCAGAUCUCAUUAUGCUUGGCCUCCUUAGCCACGAUCCCCACUUUAGUCUGCUGCGUGAGGAAGUCACAUUUGGAAGGCAGACGCAAAAGAAGUCGAAAGAACUCGAGCAUCAAAAUUUCUAUCUAUUGCAUCUUUGCAUUGUCAGGGAAUAUCUGGAGUUGGAAUUUCAGGAUCUGAAGGAUAAAAAUGAUUCCGGCGUCGGUUUUGACAUGGAGCGAAUUAUUGAUGACUUUAUUUUGAUGGCAUUUUUCAUCGGCAAUGAUUUUCUGCCUAAUUUACCACACAUGCACAUUAACGAAGGUGCGCUUGGGCUGAUGUUUAAGAAAUACAAGGAGGCGCUUCCGAAAAUGGGCGGUUACGUGAACGAGUACGGCACUAUCAACCUAGAGAGACUUGGUAUACUUCUCGAGCAUAUCACAGAAUCCGAAUUUCGUUUUUUUGAAGCCGAGUAUUCAGAUGCGAAGUGGAUUCGCUCGAAGACUCAUGGUGACGACGCAGUGGAAGAGCAAGCCAGCAAAAAAACGCUUACCAUCACUCCCUCGCAAAAGCAGCUGCUCAAGGAUAUUAAACAAUAUGUGCUUAAUCGUCCAUCCAAGCAGCAUAUCAAGCCGUUGGACCUCCCCCCGACACUUCCCGCGCGAGAUCGCAAAUUUGUUGAACAACUCGCAGAUGACUUGCGACUAUUGUGGACAACGAUAACUGACGAGCAUGGCGAUAGAUUCAUCAGACUUCAGCUUCCAGGAUCCUCUCUCGCGAAUGGAGCCGAAGGUCAAAAUGACGAGGAAUCAGAGGAUGAAGAAGAUGAAGAGGCCUCUAUGGCUCUUCGCCGAGUUAUCAAGAGAUAUGAUAACGCAAAGGUCCAUGAACAGACUGCAGAAGAAGCUCAAAUGGCCGCGGAGCAAAAAUAUGAGCAAAAGUUCCAGGAGUGGAAAAACAAGUACUACCAGGACAAGUUCGGUUUCGGCCUCGACAAUGAGGCUGAGAUGAAAAAAUUGACGGAGAACUACGUUCAAGGUCUUCAGUGGGUCUUGUUUUAUUACUACAGGGGGGUUGUCUCCUGGCCGUGGUACUUUCAAUACCACUACGCGCCAAUGGUAUCUGACGUUAAGAAGGGCCUUGGUGCAAAUAUUGACUUCAAACUGGGCCAACCUUUCCGUCCAUUCCAACAGCUCAUGGGUGUGCUCCCUGAUCGCAGCAAAAAGAUCGUCCCACCUGCUUACUGGGAACUUAUGACGUCUCCCGAGUCGCCAAUCAUUGAUUUUUACCCUCGUGACUUUGAGCUCGAUAUGAAUGGCAAAAAAAUGGAAUGGGAAGCCGUUGUGAAGAUCCCCUUCAUCGAAGAGCAGCGUUUGCUUUCUGCAAUGGCUACUCGAGAACACCUUCUAUCUCCGGAAGAGAAAGCAAGGAACGAAUUCGGUGUUACACUUAAGUUCACUUACUCCCCCUCUAUUGAAUUUAUCUACCCAUCCUCUCUUCCUGGAGUUUUUCCAGAUAUUCCCCAUUGUCGUUGUAUCGAAAACAUCUAUGAUCUCCCAACCAUGGAUGGACUUGAACAUUAUAUUGGGCUUGUCAACGGCGUGAGACUCGGUGCAGCUGCUCUAGCAGGCUUCCCUACCUUGCAAACAUUACCGCAUGCUGGGCAACUGGCGUUCCACGGUGUUAAUGUCUUUCAGCAGGAUAGCCGCAAGGAAAGUAUGGUCAUUACCUUGUUGGCACCCGAGACUAGAUCGAAUAUCGAAUUGGCCAAACAAAAACUUGGACGUCGCGUCUAUGUCGGUUACCCAUUCCUGCAAGAAGCUCUCGUCGUUCGAGUAUCUGAUGAACUACUUGAUUAUGUUUUACCUGAAGGAGAAAAACAUGUUGUUUCGAUCCCACACUCGCCUCCUCAGAUAGAGCAGUGGACACGGAAGGCAGACAAGAUUGAAGGAUACUAUAGCAAACGCCUUGGGAUGAUCAUCGGUCCUGUUGAGUCCAUGGUCCAUGUACAGAUGCUCAAGGGCCUAAGGAAGAAUGAUGACGGUGCAACGAUAAAGGAGUUUGCGGACAUUCCCGGCCAGGAGACGGAUUAUGCUCUGCAGCUCAUCGUUGACAGCGUUAUCAGCGAAGAUGAACGCUUUAUUGAAAGAGAAGCCCUUCUGAUUGAAGAUGAAUUUCCUGAAGGCUCAAAGGGAUUCUUCCUCGGUGAGUUUAAUUACGGAAGGCCAGUGCAAGUUACUGGGCAUGAAGAUGGAAAGGUAAACGGCAUGAUAGCUGCAGUUAAGGGCAAGGAGCCCGAAUUUGGUAAGCAGCACGCCAAGGAGGCAGAAAGGCUGUCACCCUAUACGCCAUCAUUCGCGAUUGCAAGGAAUCUUCACCUGAAUCCUCUUGUGUUGGCUAAAAUUACCUCCUCUUUUUCCGUUACAAUAGACGGCCAACGUGUCAAUCUUGGCCUCAAUCUAAAAUUUGAAGCACGGAAACUUAAAGUUUUGGGGUACUCUCGCCGAGGCCAGACUGGUUGGGAAUUUAGCCAGAAGGCAAUUGCCCUUAUCCAGCAGUAUAUGAUCAGAUUCCCCGACUUUAUUGCUGGGAUCCAGCGAAAUCCGCAGGGUGACAAGUUCGAGCCAACGGACUUCUAUCCUGAGGAUAUUGCGGAAGCGAAGAUUAAGGAAAUCAAAGACUGGCUUAAGUCUAUUGAGGCGAAACAUUUUGAGCGAGUGCCUCUAGAUGCCGAACAGCUAGACUCUGAUGUUGUGAAGCUCAUCGAAGUUGACGCGGAUCGCCUAGUACAGACCCAAGCUACUGCUGAUAUCAAGCGAAUCAAAGGCGUCCCUCGACAGGCACUGUUGAAACCAGCUGAUGUUGAGCACCGACUUGGAAACCAGAGCUUUUCUCUUGGAGACCGCGUAGUCUAUGCUCAAGAUUCCGGUAAAGUGCCUAUUGCCACACGAGGGACUGUUGUCGGGCUUACUCGCACGCCCCAAACAGUCCUUGUUGACGUCGUGUUUGAUGUAUCAUUCAUGAGUGGAACUACACUAGGUGACCGCUGCUCCCCAUUCAGAGGGCAAACAGUCCCUGUAUCUUCUAUCCUCAAUCUGAGUGAUCGACAGCUUGUGGCUGGAACACGGGCUGCGACAAACAUGCGAGCACAGAAGGAGCCGAAAAAAGUGGGCUUUGGAGCCCCUCUUGGACCAGGUGGACAAGGUCAAUUAAGGGAGGCACACGCUCCUCCUCCAUUACGAGGAUCUUAUCGUGGCGCAGUCUCUGGACAGGCAAAUGGACGCGGUGCGCACAGCUCACGAGGCAGUCGUGGUGUUCCCAAUGGCAACACCAAUCUACCUAUUCGCCCUCAUCCUAAUGCAGAGAAUCAACAGAAUGGCAAUAACUUUCGUGGAACAAGGGGGCGCGGACGCGGCACUCGUGGGCAUCAAAAUACUAAAGAAAGGUAUGUACCAUUGGAGAACGGCCACCAAGAUGAAGGAGUAGUCCGAGAGAAUCCGGACUUUCGGCCCCAAAGCUACAAUAAAGUGCCGCCGCCAGCCGGCUUGAAUAGAGGGAAAAAUGGACGUGGAAGGCAUCAUGGAACCCGUGGAGGAAAUAGUACCAGAGGCAGAGGAAGGGGCGCAGCGUCCAGUGCCGCAUAA